GAAACUGGGUUUACCAAAUUGCGAAAAAGAAGGGUUUAUUUGUUACCAAAAAAGGAAAAAAGAAAUUGAAACAGAAAUAAAAUAAAAUAAUUGAUAUAUGCUAUAUCAAGUUAAUAAAGACCAGUUAAAACUUUACCUUGACCAAAUUGCAUUCAAUCAAUUUGUGCGAAGAAGAAAUGCAGCGACGGAGAAAGUCUGAUGCAGCACCAACGGUGGAUCCAAUCAGCAAUCUACCGAACGUGAUUUUGAGCGGCAUUCUCUCUCUUCUCCCCACCAAAGAAGCAGUUGCCACAAGUAUUUUGUCAAAGAGAUGGAUUCAUCUAUGCCACUCUAUUGACAAUAUCGACUUCCCCAAUAUCAUCAAAUUGAAUAGCAUUCAAUCUAUCACCACUUUUACCAAGUUUAUCGACUCCAUCUUGGUCUCUCAUUUCAUCAACACUUUCCGCCUCAAAAUUGAAUACGGUAACUGUAAUCUUGCCUCUAAUUUAGGGUUUCCCAAUGUCACCAAAUGGGUUAACCUUGUUGUUCAAUCUCGUGAGUUCAAGUAUCUUCGUCUCCAUCUCUAUGUGGAUGACAGUGAUGAUGAUGAUGAUGUGAUUGGUCAAACACCUAUAUUGCCCAUAAGUAUUUUCAGCUGCAAAACCCUUCUAAGUCUUGACCUUGCCCGAUUCCGUGUGAAGGGUUUUACAUUUUCUUCCAUUGGAUUUGGAUUUCCAUCACUCAAGGUACUUCAUUUGGAUUAUAUUGUCUUUCAAAUGGUUCGAGAUUUUAUGUUGCUUCUAGCUGGAUGUCCAAAUCUUGAGGAUCUACGAGCGACAAAUAUUUACUUCUAUUAUGGAAAUUCGCUUACCAUUCAAGAGUUUGAAAGUUUAAGCUUACCCAAAUUGAAUAGUGCAGUUAUCACUCAAUGCUGGUGUUUAUGUUUUCCGAUGAAAGCACUUUCUAAUUCGGAGUAUUUGUGCGUCGAGACAUCCAUGUUAUGCACAAAAGAACAUAAAGUAUAUGAGCUGCCAUGCCCUUGCUAUGAUAUUCCUAUCUUUCAUAAUUUGACCCACUUGGAGCUCCACGAUAAAUUGGAAUUGGUACUACAAAAGCUCCAACACUGCCCCAAGCUUCAAAAUCUCGAACUUCACCAGGCCUCAUUUGAGAUAGCGGGGCAUGAAGAAGAUUAUCUGCAAAAUAAUUGGGUGGAACCAGAAGUUGUCCCACAAUGCCUUUCAUCAUUCCUUAGGACUUGCACUAUUCAUAACUUUUUAGGCUUACAAAGUGAGCUUAUGUUAAUAAAAUAUAUUUUGAAGAAUGCAAGAAAUUUACAAUUCAUGAGAAUGCAGAACAUAUGGGAUAAUCCUGAAAUAGAAACAGAACUGUCCACAUGCCCAAAAGCCUCUGCAACAUGUCGACUUUUAUUUUAUUGAUUGAUAAUACAUAGCCAGUGUAAAUCGUAGUUUCUCUAUCUUGCUUGUUUCAUUAGUUUCUACUAUUCAACUGUUGGAUUUGGAGGUUUGAACUUUGAACUAUGAGCUAUUAUGAAGGUCAUGACUUUAUCUUUAAGUGAUUUUGUUAGUGCUUAUCUACCCUACCUGUUUACUUA